AUGAAUGCAAAGCUACUACUAAACCAGAAAAACUACAUUCUGAAGAAUAAAAGACUUACAGAUAUUGAAAUCGAUGAGAUAAGGGAAAGCAUUAAUGUGUAUACAGAGGACAGCACAGGGGACCAUGUAAGAAGGAAGGACGAUAAUGUAAGCACCAAAGAGGAUGAAAUACAGGAUAGAAGCACGAGAGAGGACGCAGAGCAGAAUGUGGAGAGGAACGGGUUAAAGGAACAACUUCAGGUAGCAUGGCACAAGGUGAGAUUCUCACAAAUGUCAGAAAGAAGAAGACUGCCGAAAUUGGAAGAAAACAAGAAGCUGGUUUGCCUUAAGGAACAAGUAAAUGGAAUAAUAAAAGAACUCUUGGAAAAGAAUCAAAUAAACAUAACAGAAGUGAACCACUUGAUAUACGAUGCAGCAACAGAUAUCACAGAAACAACUAUUAAACCUAGGAAAACAACGACAACCGGAAGAUUUAAAGAUGCUUGGAAACUAAGAAUACAGAAACAGAUAAGCAAAUGGAGAAAAGAAUUGUCCAUACUCACUGAGUCAGGCUCUGGCUCUGAUAACAUUAAACUGAACACAGAAAAGAGGAAAAUUUUUCAGAAGUACAAAUUGACAAAUGCCAGAGAAAUAGCAGGGUUAAUAGAAAAAGUAAAGCAGAAAAUACAAGCAAAGGCUCAAAGAAUCAGAAGAUAUGAAAAAAGGAAAAACCAGUACAUCCAGAAUAAAAUGUUCAAGGAAAACACAAAUCGAUUUUAUCGACACCUGGGGGCAAAAGCUAUAGAGGUCACAGCUCACCCCAAUAUGCAGGAAGUAGAGUUCUACUGGCAGGCAAUAUGGGAAAUGGAAAAGAGAGGAAAAAGGAAGAGAAGGAACCAGCGACAUGAAGUGGAUGCCUAUAAAAACUACAGAAUUUACCUCAGUUUUGUCCAAAACGCACAACUGGAAGUGAUCAAAUACAAAAUUACUGGCUAA